CAGCAGCAGCAGCAGCAGCAGCAGCAGCAGCAGCAGCAGCAGCAGCAGCAGCAGCAGCGCCGCCAGGUCCCAGCUGCCACCAUGUCCUAUUAUGGGAUGGGGAAAGCUUCUGCAGGCUUCUUUCCACCUGCCAGUCAAGGAGAGGCCAUCAGCAGAGAGGGCCACAGGGCACCCAGCAGCCUGGCCAGCCUCUACCCCGGGAUGCCCAGAGAGGUGUCUGCAGCCGCCGCCGCCGCCAGCCUCUCCUCUGCUGCCAGGGUCUUCCGGAGGAACCUGCAGGCGAAGGCAGCAGCUCCGCUCCAGCUGCUCCACACGCAGCCUUGCGAGGGAGCCUGCCGCGCACCGAGCGCGCCCAGCAGCCAGGGGGCAGCCGCCAGGUGGGAGCCACAGAGAAGCCUGCCCCCCAGGAACCUGGCCCAAGAGUACCCCCUGGAGCAGACCAAGGACAGGUGGCCCUGCCUCUCGCCCCCCCUCAGCCAGCCCCCCAGGGACCCUGCCAGCCCCAGGGGAGACUUUGCCCUGGCCAGGUGGGGCUUCUUGCCCAGCGGAGUCUUCCUGAUGUCAGCAAAGCUUGGGCAAGAAAGAGGGGCCCCGCCAGGACUGCCCCUGCCCCCCAACAUCUGCAUCCUGACCCUGGCCAUGAUGAUCGCGGGCAUCCCCACGGUCCCCGUGCCGGGCGUUCGGGAGGAGGACAUGAUCCAGGCUGCCCAGUGCUUCAUGGCAGAGAACCUGGAGCCGGGAGGCGCACAGGGGGAGGGGGCCCCGAGGAGGAGCUGGGCAGCAGUGCCGCGCCUGGGGGGGGCUCCGGGCAAGAGGGACCGGCUGCAGCGGAAGAGGGCAGCCCACAGGAGCCUCGCGCCUUUGUUCCUGGCACAGCUGGAGAAGUAGCGGCAAGAGACUCUUGGCUGAGAAGCCGCUAUAAAGGAGGUGCAAGCACAA